AUGUCCAACAACAUGCAGCACAACCUUCCAACCGCCCAAUUUGAUCUCAGUCGACUUCCCGAAGUCUUCGAUGAACUGGCUCGUCUCGACACAAAACUUGCUGAAUCAUACACGACUAUGACCCGCAUGAUACUCUCCUAUGAAUUCCGGCUACACAACCUCCGCCAACGACUCGCUGCUGAAGGAGUAACCGUUGAGGAAGGGCAAUUUUCGGACAUUUUCAAGGGAGCCGCCGAAAUAUGCUCACACGAGGGCGAGAACGAGCUCAUUCGCCGUCUAGCUGAUGCUGUGAUUUCCAAGAUGCGCGGGGAAGAGCCCAUCGAAGACCAGAAAGAAAAUAUUCUCUCGGCUAAAAAUCAC